GUCUGCGUUGGCAGCUACAGUCGCGGCUCGGCUCGGCUCACAUUCUCCAGCAGCAGCACCAGCGGCGGCAGCGGAACAGUGAAGUGAAGGCAGCGGACGGGAACAAGCGCUCGGUCAGUUCGUGUAGCGGACAACGUAACGGACAUUAGUGGACAUUAGCAGACAUUCCUCCUGCCGCUGCUUAGAAAGCGUCAGCAUGUCCAGUGAGGUGCAGCCGAGGCCGGACGACAGCCCCAACACCAGUGGGGGAAGCUCAGAUGCUGAGCAGAGAGAGGCAGCUCCUCCCGAGCAGGCGGGCCCCGAGCAGCGGGACCAGACCCAGCCCAAGAAGAAGGAGGCCAAAAUCUCCAGCAAGACGGCCGCCAAACUCUCCACCAGCGCCAAGAGGAUCCAGAAGGAGUUAGCAGAAAUAACCUUGGACCCGCCGCCAAACUGCAGCGCCGGCCCCAAAGGAGACAACAUCUACGAGUGGAGGUCGACCAUCUUAGGUCCUCCUGGCUCCGUGUACGAGGGAGGAGUGUUUUUCCUGGACAUCGCCUUCACACCAGAUUACCCCUUCAAACCACCCAAGGUGACGUUCCGCACGAGGAUCUACCACUGUAACAUCAACAGUCAGGGCGUGAUCUGUCUGGACAUCCUGAAGGACAACUGGAGUCCUGCCCUCACCAUCUCCAAGGUCCUGCUGUCCAUCUGCUCCCUGCUGACUGACUGCAACCCUGCCGACCCUCUGGUUGGAAGCAUCGCCACACAGUAUCUGACCAACAGAGCCGAGCACGACAGGAUAGCCAAACAGUGGACCAAACGCUACGCCACAUAGACCACCCAGACUCCUCCAGAACCCCCAACCCACCCUACACACACACGCAUACACACACUCACACAGACCCCUCCUCCCUCCCACAUCUAUGGAAGCACACCCGUCGCCUCCCCCUGCCCCUGAGAAAUGAACUGUUAUUUGUUCCACGCUGACUUGAAAAGCUUCUUUUUUAUACAAAGAGUCUAUUGGGAUUGUAUUUUCCAAUACACUGAAUGUUGAUAUGGUCAUGAAAAGCUUUAAUACUGUUCUCGUUCUUCUUGUCGAUGCUGUUGUUCUUAUUGUUCCUGUAACAUUGUAUCUUCUUUACAUACAAGAGUGCGUGUGUUGUUCCCACUUCAUGUGAUGGAUUCGUGUAAAAAAGGAUCAUUCAGUUUGUUUGUUUGUUUGUUUCCAGCCCAUGGUCAGUGUUAGUGCAUGGCAUCAGGACGUGUCUUCCUUUAGUGGACAUGCUGUUGUUUGUGUUGCAGCAGAGUGAGUGUGAUGAUGAUGAUAGUGUUAGUUUUGCUGUACAUUUACUGCCUUGUAACAAUAAAUACUCACAGAAUACUCGAUUAAACAUUGACUGUAAUGUGA